ACGGCAGGAACACUUAUUCCAUGACUUGCUUUAUACUGAUCAUGUUUACAGCCCUGUUGUUAGUGACGGCCUCCGCUCUCCUUAAAGUCCUUGAGAGUCAAAGAUCAGCUGGAGUCUUUCUGCUCAUUGAAGGAGAAAAGUACACUUUCAACUUUACUGACGCCCGCACAGCUUGCCAGUCUCUUAAUGCUACCAUGGCAACCACUGCCAACAUGGAGGAGGCCCUGCAGCACAGCCUGGAGACCUGCAAAUUUGGCUGGAUAGCUGAACAGGUGGCAGUCGUCCCUCGGCUGACGGCAAGCAGCAAAUGUGGGAAUGGGAAAACUGGACUGGUCAAGUGGUACGCGAGGGAGAACCAAAAAUUUGGUGUCUUCUGCUUCUCUGCAGCAGAUUCAGCGGAUUCAUCAUCAACAGUUAUCCCGCAAACGUCAACAUCGUUCAUCUCAUCAACACCUCAAACACAUCCGCUCAUGUCCUCAGCAGCUUUGCCAUCACCACCUCCAAAAACCACAGAAACCCCUGAGCGUGCAGUGGCUCCCACGUCAGAAGGUCACCCCCAAGUUCAGACACUUCCGUGGCCCAUACUCGUCACCACUUCCCCGCCUGGUCUUUACUUCUCCAUCAGAACUACUUUUUCUUCUCAUGUCAUCACUUCAUCGCCAGCUGUCAGCAGGUCAGCGCAUCAUACUUCCAGUCACUCUGUGCUGCAGCAGUCUGACAUGCCUGCCAAGUCCUCCUCGAGAGUUUCAACAGUCCUCAUUGUCCUCAGCGUCGUCUUCCUGAUUGGGACUGCAGCAGGAGGACUAUGCUACUACAAACUAAAAUAUCAAACCUUUAGGUCCCGGGGGCCACAGGGGGACGACAUGGAAGCCAAGAUGUGGAAGCACAUUGACCUGAACCAGCAUCAUCUUGAAGACAACGAGGAGGAGGAGGAGACUGAAGACAGGAAGUACUCCAGUGACAUCAUGCUGUGUGUGAACCCACAAAUGAGGAAUAGCGACGCAACAUAGUUUGUCUUGGCAGCACAAUAAUAAAGCUCAGUUUUUCCUGACAAGGUCAGUGAUUUAAUAUGAUAUAAAUAUUUUCAUUAUUGUUGAUGGCAGUGCUGGAAUACAUGCUUUUCUAAUGGAGCUGAAUAGAGAAAUAGAGACAGUAUGAUACAGAACAGUUGUUGAAGUACAAUUAUUUGCAUGAAUACUUUAACAAUGUCAAUGAAAACUGAACAUUAUGAUCACCAUAUUUGCACUUGAUCACAUUAGAUUAUGUACCUAAUAUUGUGGCCAGUGAAUGAAACCGAUUGUUUGGUUGUCCCGGAAAUGUUUUAUGUUACGUAAAUUCA